UGAGGGCAGGACUUUCCAAAGGAGCAAAAUUGUGAUUUUUUAGCCUUUCGCAAUAAAAUUUGCCGCUCUAAAUACGAUUUUAUUUAAGUCAAUAAAAGGUCCCAAAAUAUAGCCUCGUAAUGAUGCCUCGUUUGAGCGCUUUGUAGAGAUACCAUGUAGCAGGUUUUCUCAAGAAGACAAGCUUUGUUUGUUACUUUGAAAUAAAAUAACACAAAAAUAAUAAUUGAUCUCAUAUUAGUUUCUUACAUAUUGACGAUAAGAUAAGACAAAGUACAUUGUGACGACGUUUCCCGAUAACACUGUCAAUGUAUGGAUAGAGUCCCGUCAAUAAGUCGACAUGCUCUCUUUUAUAAUUCUACAUUGAUUUGAAUCAAUAAAUCUAUAUUUUUUACUUUUACAAUGUUGGAUUAAAUAGUGCAACUGUGUUCAAAUGAUUACUAGAACUUGGAGUAUCGGAUUAUUUAUGAAAAAUGCUUGAAGAAAGAACUAUAAAUGGAAGUUGAUGCACGAUCUAGUGGCGCAAGUUGGCGAUGGAGUCUACUGUUUUCUGUAGUGUUUUUGAAUAUAUGCCUGCCAAGCUUGGUGCUAGCAUAUGGCGUUCUGUGGCUGCACCUGACCAGUCUUGAUGUACCAGUAUGGCUCGGCCUCUCCACACCUACCAUCUAUCUGCUCACCUUCGGACUAACUCAAUGUUGGUUUCGCGAGGCGGCCGACUCGUGGGGCGGGUCGACUGGUUACCGUGCGAUGGCCGCAGUUGGCAUCGUGGUAACAGUGGCUAGCCUGCUCACCUGCGCGUUUGUACCCUUGUAUUUACAGCCAUUUAUAUACGGUGUUUUUGGCGGUCUUGGAUCGUCAUUAAUAUCCGCCCAAGUUGACGCAGUGAUAUUCGAAACUUACGACAGCCGCCUCGCAAUAAUACGAGGCAUAUGCAGCACGGGACAAGCGGUCGGACAAUCACUGUUUCCCCACAUUAUAUCAGUUCUAAUAAAUUACUACGGAUACUCUUUUUCAUUCAUCGUUCUUGGUGGAAUAAUAUUGCAAGCGCUGCCGGCUGUUCUUUUUCUUAAAAUCGACGAAAGCGUCAGAAGAAUCGGUGUAUCCGCCAAAUAUUCAGACUUUUAUAAGAAUUAUAAAGGGUUUCAAAAUGAUGGUGCUGAUAACUACUAUACUGCAGAAUUGCAAUUGAUCGAUUUAAGUAAAAAAUGUUGGAAGAGUCCAUCUGAUGAUAAUUUAUACAGAGAAGACGAGGCGGUUGCGGACGAUGAAGUAGUUGGAACGAUAACACCACCGCCCAGCCCCGAGGAGAAGAGAAGAAACAUUUUCGGCGUAGACAUAUUGCCAGAUAUACCGGAGGAGAGCGAGGAGAGUGAAGACGACAUCGAACAAGCUACGAAUGUCAAAGAAUCGUCAAACAAUCAGCGACGAUUUAGCCUUGCAAUCAAAAGACUGAGCACACUAGGUGACAAUUUAGAUGAAUAUAUUACGAAACAAAUUAGAAAAGACUCAAAAGAAGAUUGUAGCAACUUUAACAAUAGAGAACAUUCUGAAAUUGAAGUUACUUAUGACAAUAUAUCUCCAAUGACGGAGAUUCAUAGAGAAAAAGUGUUAAAUUCGUUAUCCUUUAGAUAUCAGUCUACGGUUACAAAUAUAAAGAGAAGGUUCUGGAUUCCAUCGUAUAGAAUGUACAGAGUUAAACGCAGAUUAUUAUAUUUCAUGUAUAACAUAAAUGAUACGUUUAUAAAACCUUUGACGAGAUCACUGUCAUGUUGGAGAUUUUAUCCAGCGUUAUUGCUUAGUUUUGCAAAGCUGUGUUUAACUGCUGUUUUUUUAAAUUUAAUACCGAUGAUAGCGCAGCAGGUUCGACCAAAAAUAUCUAUGUUUGAGACGAACUUUCUCUUGUCCUUGCACGGGUUCACAUGGAUAUGUUUUCUGUUGAGCACACCGUGGUUGGCGCAAACGCCGAAAAGAAAUUUUAAGUACGUCGCUGUGUUUGGAUUAAUUACAUCGACUAUUGCAUGUUUUGUGUUUGCACAAACCAACAAUCACGAUUCGUUCGCCAUUGGCUGUGUAAUAUCUGGAUUGGGUUAUGGAGCUGUCACCUCAUGCUGCGAAACAGCGGUCCAAGAUUUCGUAGGCGCAAGAAAAUGGCCUAAGUUUCAUAGCACGCUUGAAACAUUUUCCGCGACAUUAUUAACCAUAUUCGUAGUUUGUUUGUCAUUUAUUGUAGGUCAGGAGCAUGGCUAUCAAAACUCCAUGUUUAUAAUAGGCAUUGUUUUAAGUGCUGUUACGUUUUUAUGGCUAGUCUUGGCUAUUAUAGCUCUUUACGAUACUAAGCUUAAAUAUUUAAGACCAAACUGGCGUUGUUUAUUUUGAAUACGACAAUAAAAAUAUUUACAAAUUG